GCAAUGGUGCAAAAAAAGCAGCGGCGGUUGUUGCAGUAUGGUCGGUGUAUGCAUGUGGUCAACGUCCUUGUUGGUCCCCCAUUCUACAAGCCUGGUUCCAUGGAAACUUUACUUUGUUUUGGGCGAGCAGGGAAGUACAGGGGAGGCUUCUGCCUCUUGUGCGACGGUACCUCGAGAAAGUGUGCAUGGAAAAACCUUCCACCUCGCAUCAAUACAUCACUCACCGUUCCGUGUUUUUCCGUGCGCUCUCUCCUCUAAAGCCGGCGAUGGGUUCAGAAGCGGCGGCGAUGGCCGUCUAGUAAUUAACCCAUGGCGAUCCAUCCGUAAUUUCGCCCACCCAAACCAGCCCGGCUCUCCUUAAAUGCCCCACAGUUCCCCUGUUUUCCCGCCCGCGUCCCAAUUCAGUUCUCCCUUCAGUUUCUGUCUUCCUUCCCGCUCUCUCUCCCUCCCUCCAACCCACACACACCCCUGCAAAAAGAGAGAGAGAGAGAGAAAGCUGCCUUUCCCCUCUCUCUCCCUCGAUGCUCUAACCCUUAUCUUCUUUAUCGGCCAUGCCGGAUCUCAGUAAUCCUCCCUCCCCUUCCCCUCCCUUCUCCUCAGCCCCUUCCUCUUCUUCUGCUCUUCUUCCCGUCCUCCAGCCUUGCGAUCCGUCCUGCUUGUCCUCUUCCUCCAGCCAGGAAACCCUUGAUUGGGACGCCCUGGACUGCCGGUGGAGCCGCCGUCUCAGCUUCCCCGCCUCCACGCGCGGGACGUGCUCGGUGCUGAAGAGGGAGCGGAAGGGGGCCAAGAAGGCCAGCGGCGGGGAGUUGCUCGAGCAGCACGUCAGGGUUUGGAUGGAGAAGAAGGUAGCAUCCGGGGUGCCCGAGAGGGAGUGCGUCUUGCCUUUCCUCACCGAUGCCCCGAUAUUGGUUGGCUGUAAGAUGUGCAAAAGAUGUAUCCACCCUGGUGAAGAAGUGCAGUGCUCAGUCAAAGGUUGUCGACAAGCUUUCCAUCAGACUUGUGCGAAGCAAAAAAUUGGAGUCCCUAACCAUAAACCUUUCAAGUGCCCUCAGCAUGCUUGUUUCAUUUGCAAGCAGAAAUUUUACUGGCGUUGUGUACAAUGUACAAUAGCAGUACACCCGAAGUGUGCACCAUGGCCUGAAGAUAUCAUCUAUCUAACAGCUCAACCAGGGCCAUUGGUUUGUUGGAGGCAUCCUGCUGAUUGGCGACUUGAGAAGGAGCAUGCAGAUCCCACAAGUGAUGUAGAGGAAGUCUUUAGCCGUCUGCCACUUCCAUAUGUUGAUGAACUGUUUGAGAUUGGUGCCAUUUUGAAAGAUGUUAUGGAGAACAAAACUGAGCCAUCUCCUUACAUACAUAUCAGGCGUAAUAUUUAUUUAGUUAAGAAGAAGCGUGAUGGUGCAGAAACUGGUGUUGGGUGCACAAAUUGCAUUGCAGACUCCAUAUGUAGGGAAAAUUGUGAAUGCAGGGGUCUCUCAGUCAGCUGUUCCAAGGCCUGUCAUUGCUCAGAUAUGUGUACAAACAGACCCUUCCGCAAAGAGAAAAAAAUAAAAAUUGUUAAGACAAAACAUUGUGGAUGGGGAGUAGUGGCAUUAGAGUCAAUGGAAAAGGGAGAUUUUGUCAUCGAAUAUAUUGGAGAAGUUAUUGAUGAUGCUUUGUGUGAGCAAAGGCUUUGGGACAUGAAACACCGAGGCGAUCAAAAUUUUUACAUGUGUGAGAUUCGUAAAGAUUUCACGAUUGAUGCAACUUUUAAAGGAAAUGCUUCUCGUUUUUUAAACCACAGUUGUGAUCCCAAUUGUAAACUAGAGAAGUGGCAAGUUGAUGGGGAGACACGUGUUGGUGUGUUUGCUUCUUGUUCUGUAGAAGUUGGGGAGCCUUUGACAUAUGAUUACAGAUUCGUGCAUUUCGGGCCCAUGGUCAAGUGUUACUGUGGAGCUUCGAACUGCCAAGGUUAUCUGGGGAGUAAGAGAAAGACAAACCAGGUGGCCUCCAACUGGGGAUGCAAAAGGAAGAGAUCUGCUAUGCUAACCCUUUCAUCAAAUAAAUAAACAUUUAUUUGAAGGUGCAAUUUUGUCAUUUAUUUAUUUUUUUAAAUGCAAAUUGCAGGCAAUGUAAGAGAAACACUGCUUCCCAUUUCGUCUUGUAUUACCAGGCAGGUAUAACAGUCAUGAACAUUAGUACCAAUUUAUAUGCUUAUUGCCAGUCUUUCCGGGUCUGGCGGUGUUGUCUUGUUUCGAUAAGUGCA